AACGGCGUUCAUUGCUCGCUUUGCCCUCGCUGUCUGCGGUCGUGUGUGCUGUCUGUCGCGUCUCAAUAACGAGUGAGAGAGGAGAAUCGUCGAUAGCGUUUUUGCGUGCUUUAAGAAUUCCGAAACAAUUAAUACAAUAAACUUCGAGAAACCACAAAAGUGAAUUAUACCGCCAACGUCAUGUCCGCCAACGAAGCGCUCUUCAAUCGUCCCGGCCCCAAUCGCCUGAGGCAGUCGGAGGUCUACCGCACCACCAAUCCCAAGGAUGCCGUGAAGAUACGCAUGCAGAAGGAGGGAAUGGGCGCCGAGGAGCCCAUCUCGAUUCCGGGCCUGCUCAAGCGUACGGUCAACAAUUUCCCCGACUACCCCGCCCUGCGCACCAAGAGCGGAAAGACUGGCUAUCAGACAGUCACCUACAAACAGUAUGAGGAGAAGGUGCACCAGGUGGCCAAGGCAUUCAUUAAAAUUGGCCUGGAGGAGCACCACUCGGUGGGAGUGCUGGCCUUCAACUGCGCCGAGUGGUUCUACUCGGCGAUGGGCGCCAUCCAUGCCCGCGGCAUCAUCGCCGGCAUCUACACCACCAACUCAGCCGACGCUGUGCUCCACGUGCUGGAGAACUCCAAGGCCCAGAUCGUAGUCGUUGACGAUGCCAAGCAGAUGGACAAGAUUCACUCCAUCCGCGACAAGUUGCCCCACCUCAAGGCCGCCAUACAGAUCCAGGAGCCAUAUGCGCCGUACCUCAAGAAGGAGGACGGCUACUACCGGUGGUCGGAAAUCGAGUUGAUGAACGUCAGCGAUGUGGAGGAGCAGUACAAGACCCGUCUAGAGAACAUCGCAAUCAACGAGUGCUGCUGCCUGGUCUACACCUCUGGCACCGUCGGCAUGCCCAAGGGCGUGAUGCUAUCCCACGACAACAUCAGCUUCGACGCCCGGGGCAUCGUCAAGUCGAUGGAGCGCGUUGUGGCCGGCUCGGAGUCGCUUGUCUCCUAUCUGCCCCUCUCCCACGUGGCCGCCCAGACGGUGGACAUCUACACGUGCGCCACGAUCGCCGGCUGCAUUUGGUUCGCGGACAAGGACGCGCUGAAGGGCACCCUGGUAAGGACGCUGCAGGAUGCACGGCCCACGCGCUUUAUGGGCGUGCCGCGCGUGUUCGAGAAGUUCCAGGAGCGCAUGGUGGCCGUGGCCAGCUCCAGCGGUAGCUUCAAGAAGAUGAUCGCCGGCUGGGCCAAGGGCAUCACUCUGAAGCACUACAUGGUGAGUCAAGGCAAGAGCUCCGGAGGCUUCCGCUACAAGAUUGCCAAGUCGCUCAUUAUGUCGAAGGUGAAGCAGGCCCUGGGCUUCGAUCGGGUGCUUACCCUGGUCAGUGCCGCGGCCCCCAUGUCGCCGGAGACGAAGAAGUACUUCCUCAGCCUGGACCUGAAGAUCCUUGAUGCCUUUGGCAUGUCGGAGACAGCCGGCUGCCACACCAUUUGCCUGCCCGACUCGCUCUCGCUGAACUCCAUUGGCAAGACCCUGCCCGGCUGCGAGUCGAAGUUCAUCAACAAGGACAACAAUGGCCAUGGCGAGCUGUGCAUCCGAGGACGCCACGUGUUCAUGGGAUACAUUGACAACAAGGAGAAAACGGAGGAGUCGCUGGACGAUGACUGCUGGCUGCACUCCGGAGAUUUGGGCUUCGUCGAUGACAGGGGCUACGUCAGCUUAACUGGCCGCUCCAAGGAGAUCAUCAUCACGGCUGGCGGCGAGAACAUUCCGCCCGUUCACAUCGAGAACAUGAUCAAGAAGGAGCUCGACGGCAUCUCCAAUGCCUUCCUGGUGGGAGAGCAGCGCAAGUAUCUGACAGUUCUGGUCACUAUUAAGACCGAGCUGGACAAGGAGUCGGGUGAACCUUUGGACGAGCUGAGCCACGAGUCCUCUGUGUGGGUGAAGUCGCUGGGAGUGGAGCACAAAACCGUCUCGGACAUCCUGAAGGCCGGUCCCUGCCCCAAGGUGUGGAAGUCCAUCGAGGAUGGCAUCAAGCGAGCCAACAAAGUCUCCAUCUCCAAUGCCCAAAAGGUCCAGAAAUUCAGCAUCCUACCCCAUGACUUCUCCAUUCCCACCGGCGAGCUGGGACCCACACUGAAGGUCAAGCGCAACGUCGUGGCCAAGAUGUAUGCCGAUGAGAUCGAGAAACUCUAUGCCUAGACCAUCAUCGAUCCAAAUCCAAAGGAACCCAAAGCAACACAAAGACAUAGAGAGCUAUGAAAGAGCGGAACUUGAGCUUUAAUGUAAAAUUGAAUUUAACGGACUUGCAAGCCAAUAGAGUGCCACAUUAUAUACAUUAUAGGAUAUAGGCUGAUGUUAACUGUUGGAUAUUAUACUUAACCAAACUCCGCGCUCCAGGAGAAUGCAGUUGGGACCACUCCUCGUAUGCCUGCUCUCCCAGGCACUAGUUUUCCGCCUACUGGAUCCAGCGAUCUUCUAUUUAGUACCUAAGUUUUAAAUUUGUAUAUGCUAAUUUGUUUUACCAACUGAAACGCAAUGAAUUGCUUAUUGUCUGAAGUGCCACAAUAAAUUUAUAUAGAUAUGUA